UCAUUGCAGGCGUACAGCGACUUUGUCCGAGUGUUGACUCGCUUUGGACCAGAGUUUCUUUCAUGGAGUUUCUUCAGUUGCCCACUUCUCCUGCUUGCAUUCGAAAACGUCACGAACCGUCACGGCCUUUCUCUUCGACGCGUAGAUCAGGACGGCUGGCUGCCUUCAUUCAAAAAAAGGUCUUUGAUCCAUGGCGGCAACAGUCUCCGAACUCAUGUACAACUAUUCGAGACGACUGCUCAGCAACACAAAAACAAAAACUUCAAAAAACCUUUCGGCCUGACAUUCUUGAUAACGGCGCCUUUUAUCCCCAGUUUCGACUCUUUGCGAUUCUGGUACACAGCUUUCUCACGACUGGUAUCAGAAGCAUUAAUGACAACGCCUACACAAAGCUCACAUCAUGGUCGGCAACGUCAAGGAAUCUGCGAGGACCGAAUGGCGCUUCUCCUACAAAGUUGUUAUUUGCAAAUGCUGGCAACAGCCCGCUGAAGCUAGAGUUUUUACACUUUUGCACCUUCUUCAUUCACCUGGUCGUCUCUCAGCGAGGACACCAGUGCACCAACUUUUGACUUUUUUGAUAUUCUGUCCUUCCCAAAUUCCCCCUUUAUGCCACCACCGACAUCAGCACAAAAACCAAAAAAUCUCUGCUUUUUGGACUUUUUUUUUUUUUUUUUUUCUUUUCUU